AUGGCUCUAUCAAUGGAAGGCUCGGGUGAGGACCUCUUCAAAUCUCUCAAGGCACUGAGGUCCAAACCGGAAAAUGAAGCAUCCCAAAGACGCCGAGUUGAGUCACUCCUCUCCACCGUCCACUUCCAAGUGAUGAAGGGACACAUGCUCGAGCCAUCACCCCUAGACGUCCAAUCUCGCUUUGGUUCUUCUUACAUGGUUCUACUCAGGGCUCGCGAACAUGGACAUGGUGAACAUUCUUUUUGGUACGGGGCAGAGGACAAGAGCAUCAAUUUCCUGGCUGUGAUGCGACCCUCAAAACGUUUUGAGUACCAAGGCAAUCAGCUCGGAGAUGAUAAGGCUUACCGGCGUCUGAAGAAAGAGGACCGCAUUGCAUAUGCACUUGCAACAGAUGGUGAUCUCUUCAGGUUCUUUCGCAUGAGCGAGGAGGGCCAGACGGCUGAAACACAAUGCCGGAGCGGAAAGUACCACGAAGAUACCAUUGUGAUUCUCAUGUCGAUCUUUGAUGAUGCUUUGGUUCCGCCUGGUGCCCGUAUGGCAUCCCCUGCAGCACGGGAAGUGACCACCGAAGAAGAAUACCGCAGAGAUCAGAAACGUAUGCACGCAAUGGCUGUACGUGUGGGCGUGAGAGUGUAUAUGGACGUGAUACAGAAACUGCCGAACCCGCUCAGCGAUAGAGCGGAAGAAAGCACUCUCAGCCUAAUCAGGGUGGUGAUACUUAAAGCGGUAGAGAGGCCAUUCAAGGUGGCGCAGGCAGGCAAUUGCGAUAAUGGCUUUCCUGGUUAUGGGCCGGUAUUGAUGAGGAACUUUGACGCUGGGCUAAAGAAAGUGCUGGAGGAGGUUGACUUUGUGGACUACAAUGACAACCAAAAGGUGCUCAAGCAUGCAAUUCGGAAGGCAAUUCUGGAGGAAGCCAGGCCCAUGUUCGAGGAGAUCCUCAUCGAGGUGCGCAAGAAGAAGUUGGAGAAGUUUUUCAAGUACAGGGAAGGAUAUCUGCGAUUUAUCAGCACAUACACCAUGGACUCGCAGCGUCGAUCGAAAACGAUCUACCUGAAUCUAUGGGCCAACCUGGGAACGGAUCUGCACUGCAGUUGA